CUCCUCGAACCUCCUCCUCGUGCCGCUACAGCCGCCGCUGAGAGGAUCCACUGGCGACGCCAGAGCCGGGAGUUCGGGUGUCUGAGGGUGGGGACAAAGAUGAAACCCAUGAAGAAAGCGUGUGCCGGGAUCCCUGGCCCUGGCAGCAGUGGCAGCAAGUCCCCCCCAGCCACCAGGGCCAAGGCCCUGCGACGGCGAGGGGCUGGGGACUGUGACAAGCCCGAGGACGAGGAGGAGGUGGUGGUGGCCUCCACGAAGCAGCCAGGCCCAGAAGAGGCUGUUGAGGAGGGCGAGGAGGCGGUGGUGGCGGCGGCAGUGGUGGUGACCCAACGGGGCCCUGGGGCAGAGGGGCCGUCUGCAGAGCUGCACCCUGAUGACCCAGUCCUGGGCCCAGCCGAAGACCCCAAGGGGGAGGGAGAUGCAGGCCGCUGGGAGCCCUCACUGAGCCGUAAGACGGCUACGUUCAAGUCGAGAGCGCCCAAGAAGAAGUACGUGGAGGAGCAUGGGACUGGGGCCCCUGAGGAGCAGGAGCGGACGCCUGAGGAUGCCAGCGCCCUGGGCCUGCCUCCCCUGCCGCCCACCUCCACCCGCUCCUCAUCCACCGACACCGCCAGCGAGCAUUCGGCCGACCUGGAGGAUGAGCCCGCCGAGGCCUGCGGACCGGGGCCCUGGCCUCCUGGCACCCCCGGAGGCAGCUAUGACCUGCGGCAGCUGCGGUCCCAGCGGGUCCUGGCGCGCCGCGGCGAUGGCCUCUUCCUGCCGGCGGUGGUGCGGCAGGUGCGCCGAAGCCAGGACCUGGGCGUGCAGUUCCCUGGCGACCGGGCCCUGACUUUUUACGAGGGGGGCGCAGGUGGCGGUGUGGAUGUGGUUCUCGACGCCACGCCGCCCCCUGGUGCGCUGGCAGUGGGCAUGCCCGUGUGCACCUGCGUGGAGCCCGGCGUGGCAGCCUACCGUGAGGGGGUCGUGGUGGAGGUGGCCACCAAGCCUGCUGCCUACAAGGUCCGCCUCGGCCCUGGCCCUGGUGCUCAGCCUGGCCCUCAGCCGCCCCACUGCGAGCCGGAGGAGACCGUAUGGGUGGCCCGCUCCAGCCUGCGCCUGCUGCGGCCCCCGUGGGAACCCGAGGCCCUGCUGAGAAAGCCCCCCGCAGCCUCCGAGGAGGAACCGGCUGAGCCCAGGGCCACGCUGCCGCCCUGCCCUGCUCCACUGGACCCCAAGCAGCCCGAGGAUGCGGAGGUCUCCAAGAUCAGCUUUGGGGGCAGCCUGGGGACCUGUGAGGAGGGUGAAGGGAAGCACCCGCCAGCCCUGGGCGCGACGCCCAUUCUGCUCCCCCUGCCUCCGCCCCAGCUCCUCUCGCCGCCCCCCAAGUCUCCAGCCUUUGCAGGCCCCGGCCGCCCUGGGGAGCAGCUCUCGCCCUGCCAGGAGGGCAGCCAGGGCGGCAGUCGGAGCAGCAGCGUGGCCUCCCUGGAGAAGGGGACCGCGCCGGCCGCCCGGGCUCGCACGCCGCUGACCGCGGCCCAGCAGAAGUACAAGAAGGGCGACGUGGUCUGCACGCCCAACGGGAUCCGCAAGAAGUUCAACGGCAAGCAGUGGCGCCGGCUGUGCUCGCGGGACGGCUGCAUGAAGGAGUCGCAGCGCCGCGGCUACUGCUCGCGCCACCUGUCCAUGCGGACCAAGGAGAUGGAGGGGCUGGCGGACGGCGGGCCCGGCGGGGCCGGGCGGACGGGCGGCGUGGCGGCCCGGGAGGGCAGCACCGAGUUCGACUGGGGCGACGAGACGUCUCGGGACAGCGAGGCCAGCAGCGUGGCCGCCCGGGGAGACUCGCGCCCACGCUUGGUGGCGCCGGCGGACCUGUCCCGCUUCGAGUUCGACGAGUGCGAGGCGGCCGUCAUGCUGGUGUCCCUGGGCAGCUCGCGCUCGGGCACGCCCUCCUUCUCCCCGGUCUCCACGCAGUCGCCCUUCUCCCCCGCCCCCUCGCCCUCGCCCUCGCCCCUCUUCGGCUUCCGGCCCGCCAACUUCAGCCCCAUCAACGCCUCCCCGGUCAUCCAGCGCACCGCCGUCCGCAGCCGCCACCUGAGCGCCAGCACCCCGAAGGCCGGCAUGCUGACCCCGCCGGACCUGGGCCCCCACCCGCCGCCGCCCGCCCCCCGGGAGCGCCACUCCUCCGGCAUCCUGCCCACCUUCCAGACCAACCUGACCUUUACUGUGCCCAUCAGCCCCGGGCGGCGGAAGACGGAGCUGCUGCCGCACUCGGGGGUCCUGGGGGCGCCCGGCGCUGGGCCCGGGAGCACCGCUCCGGACUUCUCCAAGAGCGACAGCCUGGACUCGGGCGUGGACUCGGUGUCCCACACCCCCACGCCCUCCACGCCGGCCGGCUUCCGCGCCGUGUCGCCCGCCGUGCCCUUCUCCCGAUCCCGCCAGCCCUCCCCGUUGCUGCUGCUGCCCCCGCCCGCCGGCCUGACCUCGGACCCGGGGCCCUCCGUGCGCAGGGUGCCCGCCGUGCAGCGGGACUCGCCCGUCAUCGUCCGCAACCCCGACGUCCCGCUUCCCUCCAAGUUCCCAGGAGAGGCAGGCCUGGCCAGUGAGGCCCGGGUAGGGGGCCCCGGGCGGGGCUGCCGUGAGACGGAGACUCCAGCCCCUGCCGGGGCGGCCAGUGGCAAGCCCAGCCUGCCCCCGCCCCUGCCGGCCCCCGUACCCAUCACUGUGCCUCCAGCCGCGCCGACUGCCGUGGCCCAGCCGAUGCCCACCUUUGGCCUGGCUUCUUCGCCCUUCCAGCCUGUGGCCUUCCACCCCUCACCCGCCGCCCUGCUGCCCGUCCUCGUGCCCAGCAGCUACACCAGCCAUCCUGCCCCCAAGAAGGAGGUCAUCAUGGGCCGGCCCGGGACAGUGUGGACGAAUGUGGAACCUCGCUCCGUGGCCGUCUUCCCCUGGCACUCCUUAGUCCCCUUCCUGGCUCCCAGCCAGCCUGACCCCUCUGUGCAGCCCAGUGAGGCCCAGCAACCUGCCAGCCACCUGGUGGCCUCCAACCAGAGCAAAGAACCUGCUGAGUCAGCAGCUGUUGCUCACGAGCAGCCACCCAGCGGGACAGGAAAUGCCGAUCCUGGGCGGCCCCCUGCAGCCACCUGCCCGGAAAGCCCAGGGCCUGGACCCCCACACACUUUGGGUGGGGUAGAUCCUGGCAAGGGACCCCCUCCUGCUACUGAAGAAGAGGCCCCUGGUCCCCCAGGAGAGUCCCGGUUGGACAGUGAGACGGAGAGCGACCAUGACGAUGCCUUCCUCUCCAUCAUGUCUCCCGAGAUCCAGCUGCCUCUGCCACCUGGAAAACGCCGGACCCAGUCGCUCAGUGCCCUGCCCAAAGAACGGGACUCGUCUUCGGAGAAGGACGGACGGAGCCCCAAUAAGCGUGAGAAGGACCACAUUCGGCGACCCAUGAACGCCUUCAUGAUCUUCAGCAAGCGGCACCGGGCCCUGGUCCACCAGCGCCACCCCAACCAGGACAACCGGACUGUCAGCAAGAUCCUGGGCGAGUGGUGGUAUGCCUUGGGGCCCAAGGAGAAGCAAAAGUACCAUGACCUGGCCUUCCAGGUGAAGGAGGCCCACUUCAAGGCCCAUCCAGACUGGAAGUGGUGCAACAAGGACCGGAAGAAGUCCAGCUCGGAGGCCAAGCCCACCAGCCUGGGUCUGCCGGGGGGUCACAAGGAGCCCCGGGAGCGGAGCAUGUCAGAGACGGGCACCGCAGCCGCCCCUGGAGUGUCGACAGAGCUGCUGUCUGUGACUGCCCAGACCCUCCUGAGCUCGGACACCAAGACCCCAGGGAGCAGCUCCUGUGGGGCAGAACGGCUGCACCCCGUGGGGCCUGGCUCUGCCCGGCCCCGUGCCUUCUCCCACAGCGGUGUCCAUAGCCUGGACGGCGGGGAGGCAGACAGCCAGGCACUGCAGGAGCUGACUCAGAUGGUGUCUGGCCCCGUGUCUUACUCUGGCACAAAGCCCGCUGCCCAGUAUGGGGCACCGGGACCCUUCACGGCUCCUGGUGAGGGAGGUGCCCUGGCAGCCAGUGGACGGCCCCCCCUGCUGCCUCCCCGAGCUUCUCGUUCCCAGAGGGCCACGAGCGAGGACAUGACCAGUGAUGAGGAACGCAUGGUCAUCUGUGAGGAGGAGGGUGACGAUGAUGUCAUUGCGGAAGACGGCUUCAGUACCACGGACAUUGAUCUCAAGUGCAAGGAGCGGGUGACUGACAGCGAGAGUGGGGACAGCUCUGGGGAGGACCCUGAGGGCUGCAAGAACUUUGGCCGGAAGGUCUUCUCGCCCGUGAUCCGUUCCUCCUUCACACACUGCCGUCCACCUCUGGACCCUGAGCCCCCUGGACCCCCAGACCCCUCUGCUGCUUUUGGCAAGGGCUAUGGCCCCACCCCGUCUUCGUCUUCGCCUGCCGCGGUCACCUCCACCUCGGCAGCCCCCUCCUUCUCUCUGGGCUCAGGAACCUUCAAGACACAGGAGUCUGGGCCGGCCAGCACAACAGGCCCUCUCCGGCCCCCGGCCCUGGGGCCUGGGGGCCCUGUGACCCCCUCCAAGGCCACCCGGUUCCUCCCAGCAGACCCUGCCACCUUCCGACGCAAGAGACCUGAAAGUGUGGGGGCCCUGGAGCCCCCAGUCCCCUCGGUCAUUUCUGUGCCCCCUGGCAGUGGAGCAGGAAACCUCCUGCAGACACUGGUCUUGCCCCCGAGCAAGGAAGACCGGGAGGGCAGCAGGGCACGAAUGCCCUCUGCCCCGGCCCCGUCGCUGGCCUAUGGGGCUCCCACAGCCUCCCUGUCUCGCCCGGCUGCCACCACGGUCACUAAUGUGGUGCGGCCGGUCAGCAGCACUCCCGUGCCCAUUGCCUCUAAGCCCUUCCCCACCGUUGGCCGGGCUGAGGUGGCACCAAGUGACACAGCAGGUGCCAGGACUGAGCCGGGCACUGGGUCCCGAGCUCCUGGGGGCUCCCCGAUUGGUGUCAGCUUGGUGUACUCGGACAGGAAGUCCACAGCAGCCACCUCACCAGCCCCACACUUGGUGGCUGGGCCCUUGCUGGGCACUGUGGGAAAGGCACCUGCCACCGUCACCAACCUGCUGGUGGGCAGCCCAGGCUACGGGGCUCCGGCGCCCCCUGCUGUCCAGUUCAUUGCCCAAGGGGCCCCUGGCAGCGGACCCUCCUCAGGCUCAGGAGCAGGUGCUGCGAGUGGCCCCAAUGGGCCGGUGCCCCUGGGCAUCCUGCAGCCGGGCACCCUGGGCAAGGCUGGGGGAAUCACGCAGGUGCAGUACAUCCUGCCCACACUGCCCCAGCAGCUCCAGGUGGCACCUGCACCUGCAACCGCUGCUGGGGCCAAGGCGGCAGCUCCCAGUGCCCCCGCACCUACCACCAGCAUCCGCUUCACCCUCCCGCCGGGCGCCUCUACCAACGGCAAGGUCCUGGCUGCCACUGCACCCACGCCCGGUGGCAUCCCCAUCCUGCAGUCCGUCCCUUCCGCCCUGCCCCCUAAAGCCCAGUCCGUGUCGCCAGUGCAGGCCCCGCCUCCCGGUGGCUCCGCCCAGCUGCUGCCAGGAAAGGUCCUGGUACCACUGGCAGCCCCAGGCAUGUCUGUGCGGGGUGGAGGGGCCGCCCAGCCAUUGCCUCUGGUGAGCCCACCCUUCUCAGUACCUGUGCAGAACGGAGCCCAGCCCACCAGCAAGAUCAUCCAGCUGACGCCUGUGCCCGUGAGCACCCCCAGCGGCCUGGUGCCGCCUUUGAGCCCGGCUGCGCUCCCAGCCCCCACCUCCCAGCCCCAGAAGGUCCUACUGCCCUCUUCCACCAGGAUCACCUACGUGCAGUCAGCUGGGGGGCACGCGCUGCCCCUGGGCACCAGCCCUGCAUCGAGCCAGGCUGGGGCAGUGACCUCCUAUGGGCCCACGAGCUCUGUGGCCCUGGGUUUUACCUCUCUGGGACCCAGUGGUCCUGCCUUCGUGCAGCCCCUGCUCUCAGGCCAGACUCCGCUGUUGGCUCCUGGCCAGGUGGGCGUGUCGCCUGUGCCCAGCCCUCAGCUGCCUCCUGCCUGUGCAGCCCCCGGAGGCCCCGUCAUCACGGCCUUCUACCCUGGCAGCCCUGCACCCACCUCCUCAACGCCCUUGGCCCAGCCAUCCCAGGCCCCCCCUAGCUUGGUCUACACUGUGGCCACCAGCACCACGCCCCCUGCCGCCGCCAUCCUGCCCAAGGGCCCGCCUGCCCCCGCAACUGCCACCCCAGCCCCCACCAGCCCCUUUCCUAGUGCCACAGGUUCUAUGACCUACAGUUUGGUGGCUCCCAAGGCCCAGCGGCCAGCCCCCAAGGCCCCUCAGAAAGUGAAGGCGGCCAUCGCCAGCAUUCCCGUGGGCUCCUUUGAGGCAGGGGCCCCUGGGCGGCCUGGCCCUGUGUCCCGGCAGCCCCUGGAUCCUGGGCCAGCCCACGAACCAAUGGCCCCCGAGGCUGAGCUGGAGGGGCAACCGACAACACCUGCCCCACCACCCUCCCUGGAGACCUGGGCACCCACAGCCCGGAGCAGCCCCCCACCGCUCCCACUCCCACCUGCCGAGGAGCGGGCUGGCACCAAGCCCCCCGAGAGCCUGGCCCCACUCCAGGGCGGCAAAUUCCCCAGCUCAUCUUCAGAUUGGCGUGUCCCAGGGCUGGGCCUGGAGAGCCGCGGGGAGCCCCCUGCCCCUCCCAGCCCUGCCCCAGCUCCAGCCCCCAGCGGCAGCAGUGAGGGCAGCAGUGGGCGGCCGGCCGGGGAGACCCCGGAGCGCAAGGAGGCACCGAGUGCCGGCAAGAAGGUGAAGGUGCGGCCCCCGCCCCUGAAGAAGACCUUUGACUCAGUGGACAACAGGGUCCUGUCAGAGGUGGACUUUGAAGAGCGCUUUGCUGAGCUGCCCGAGUUCCGGCCCGAGGAGGUGCUGCCCUCUCCCACCCUGCAGUCUCUGGCGACCUCCCCCCGCGCCAUCCUGGGCUCCUACCGCAAGAAGAGGAAGAGCUCCACGGACCUGGAUUCGGCGCCGGAGGACCCCACCUCGCCCAAGCGCAAGAUGAGGAGGCGCUCCAGCUGCAGCUCAGAGCCCAACACCCCCAAGAGCGCCAAGUGCGAGGGAGACAUCUUCACCUUUGACCGGCCAGGCACGGAAGGUGAGGACGUGCUGGGCGAGUUGGAGUACGAGAAGGUGCCCUACUCGUCCCUGCGCCGCACCCUGGACCAGCGCCGCGCCCUGGUCAUGCAGCUCUUCCAGGACCACGGCUUCUUCCCCUCAGCCCAGGCCACAGCUGCCUUCCAGGCGCGCUACGCGGACAUCUUCCCGUCCAAGGUGUGCCUGCAGCUGAAGAUCCGAGAGGUGCGCCAGAAAAUCAUGCAGGCCGCCACACCCACCGAGCAGCCCCCAGGGGCCGAGGGCCCCCUGCCCGGGCCGCCCCCAACUGGCACCGCUGCUGCCCCUGCUCCAGUGCCCAGCCCUGCAGCUGGGGGCCCUGACCCCGCCUCCCCUGGCUCAGACUCUGGCCAGAGCCCGGCCGCCCCACCACUGCCUCUACCCCUUGAGUCAGGGCCCGGACAGCCUGGCUGGGAGGGGGUCCCCCAGUCCUCCCCACCGCCGCCGCUGCCCUCUGGCUCCUCCACAGCCGCCACGGGCAGGUGAGGGGCUCCUGAGAAGGUCCCAGGACCUGAAGUGCCCCCUCAGGACACAGGCAGCAUGUUGGUGGCAAGAAUGGGGGCGUGGUAAAGAUGGUGACUUCCCUCUCCCCCAUAAAGCCAUUUCGUCCUUUGGCGUGAGGGGCGGAAUGAAGCCUGCUCCUGUGCCGGGGGGCAGCAGGGCCCCACCUCCCGCCCCGCCCUAUACAUAACCUGGAGGGUGUCACCUUCAGAUGGUUUAUGCAAAUUGGCUCGUGUGAGGGCGGCACGCUGGAGGGGGGUGUGGGCCCCGGGCCCCUGGGAGGCAUCUGUGCAGUAGGGGGGGAAGUUCAUGGCCCCCUCGUGUUCCCCAGAGGGGCUGGACUCAGGUUAGUUUUGGGGGCGGGGGCUCCUGCACUUUGCCACAGGCACGGGAGGGCUCGCUCCCCACCCCCUCUGCCUUCCCAACUUGGGUUGUACUUUCUAAGAAGGUGAUUCCCUCCCCCUCCCCACCCCAGAACAAAACAUGUUGAUCAUGUGCAAUAUUUCUUACUGUGCCGAAGCAGCAAUGACCGAGAUUAAAGCUGUUUAACACA